AAAACGGACAUUUGACAGUGAGCAGUGCCACUUUUCACCGAAGAGUAGCGGUGUUUCACUUGUCUUGUUCCACACUCCACCUUGCAGAAGAAGAAAACAACACAGGACUACAAAAAGUUUGAGUUUGCAGCUUUUCCAGAAUGAAGAGGUUGCUCCCUGAGUCAGAUUACCCUGAAAACGGUAAAAAACGGUUCUCGAAAUUUGAGCUCGAGGCGGUGAUUGAACGGGAAAUCCGAAAGGUGGUGAAUAUUAACAACUCCAGGCUUCAGAUAUUAGAAGAAGCUAUUCAACAACUUCAACAUGACGAUUACGGGAGCACCAUGCAAAAACUUGAGGCACGCAUUGAGACUAUUACAAGGAGAGCAAAAGCAGCUCUUGCCGCGAUGGAAACAAAGAAAAAGCGCUCUGUGAAGGAUUCUGAAAUCAUCAACAUAGACUCUGACGAUAACAGCAUGCCAGAAAUAAUAGAUACAAGCAAGGACAAGAAAAACUAUCUCAUUGAAAUCAUGGAAUCCGCCACAUCUUCUUUAAAGAGGAUACAAGCAGAAAAUACUGCAGUGAUGAGCGCGAUGGAAAACCUGUGUAAGGCUGCGUCUCCUCCUCCUAAGCACCAGAUGCUGGAAGAGCAUCCUUCUCAGCCCAACAUCAGCUGCGUCCAAAACUCUCCCUCACAGCAGCAGGACGAGCCUCCAUACCCUCCCCUGCCUUUGAACGCUUUCCCCUCCGUGCUGAACAUGGAGGCGGCAUCCUACAACAUCCCUGAGAAGGUCAAGGUCCACUUGGCGCUCAUCAAGCACCCUGCCACCCUGUCAGUGAUGUGGAACUUUGACGAGGAGGACGCCUCUCCGCCACCCAUGGAGAGCUACAGUAUCUUCAUAACGGCGGAAAAGGUCAAAGGAAGCCAAGUCUUCCCGGCGUGGAAAAAGUUGGGCACGGUGGUUGCUAAAAGUCUGCCCAUGUGUGUUGCCAUCACAAAGUACAGGGCCGGGUACCGGCUGUGUGUUGCUGUGGUUGGCAAAGACAUUUACGGCCGCCAUGGACCCUACAGUGACGUGGUUUCUCAUGUCAUACCGGAAUAAAACCCCAAGUGCUUGUUGAAUUAAAGGGAGUUUUUACUGUGUAAUGUUUCCCUUGGAACAGUAUUUGUAAUUUAAGCAGAAUGUGUUUGUGUUGUAUGCUAAUAUGAUGUUGUCCAGGGGUGGAGGUGAAUUUCUGGCUUUGUUACAAACACUGAAUUUAUGGAACUGAAUUUUUGCCAUUAAAUUUUGUGAACUGAUAUUUAUUUUAAUUUUUUUUACAUCAGUUUGCUGACAAUAAGAAUUCAGAGAAUGAAAAUUCAGAGCUUAAAAAUGUGGUGUAAAAAAAUUCUGUGCAGAAAUCUCAAAAAACACAACACUCACUUCCGGUAAUUUAGGACGAGUGCAGCUCUGAAACUGGAUCCAUGGAAGUGAGUCUUGAAACAACAAAUAUUUCUGCAGUGAACUUUUUCGCACAAAAUGUUAAAUACACUAUUUUUUUAACGCAGACUUUUUACACAAUUUUAAAGCCCUAUAUUUUACAUUUUUAAACACACAUUUUGCUAACAUAUUUGUAUUUCUGUAAAAUUGUCAGUGUAAUUUGAUGAGAAAAAAAAAUCAAUCAUUCAAAAUUCAAACAUAAAAUUCAGUGCAAACAAAACAAAAGCUUCCGUAAUGAAUACAGAUUUAACCUCCACACACAUGGGUGACUGUUUGUUUUUUUUAAUGUGUAGCAGAAUUCAGUUUAAUGAAUGCCAUUGGAGUUAAACAAUUGUAUGAUUUAUUGUUUUUGUUGUUAUUUAGAACUGUGUUUUAUUUUACAAUAAAUGCCUUUACAAUAA